AGCACAAUUCUGAUAUUGAACAAUAUGAAGAACCGAGCUCUAAGAAAAAAGUUAACUUUGACAUAGAUGAAAGAAUCUUUAUUGCAAUCACCUAGUAGAAGCUGGAUAGUUACCAAUUCUAAAACUUCAAUCGAUCUACAAUCACCCAGUGGAAGCUGGAAAGUGACUAAUAUAAAAACUCCAGUCGGUCUCAAGAGAAACUUAUUUCCUGAYMAAAUGAAUAAAUCAGGUCAUAAAGUCGAAGAUAUCACAAUGAAAAAUAGUGAACCAAAUACAAAUAUUGAACCAAAAUUUGCCACAUCUACAGAUUUUCAAAGUUUGGUGCUAAGUUCACUAACAUAUUUAAAACAUGGUAUGAACAAUUUAAUGUAUACUGCUCAUUCAAAUUAUGAAAACAUUGUUAAAUUGAUGAAUGAUAAAUCUUCUGCAAUCUCUUCAUUCAAUGAUGAAAUUGAUAUGGAUUCAUUGUUUCCUAUCACAAAUGAUAAUGAACUGAGAGUUUUAGAAAAUAAAAUAAAAGAUCCUGAGGUUCGACGUGUAUUGGUUCAUAGAAUUUCUUUGCUGAUUGGUAAUAAGGAUCUUGGAAACAGUGUUCGGCGUAUUAUGAUGAGGUUGUUUAGUGAUCAGUUYCUUGUCAACUAUUCCCUAUAUGGAUUCAAAAAAAUAAAUAUCUUUUGCUAAUUUACCAUGCUAUCGUUUAAUCAUAGGUAUUCGAGGUGGACUUACACAAGCCAGCAUGCGGUAUGCAAAACCAAAUAAUGAAAAAACACC